GUACAUGAGUACAACUUCCGGGUCGUAUUAGGUCGAAAUGUUCCAUCUAAAGCGAUCACGAUUAUUAUUUGGUGUCUUUUCACGCCUCCAAAACGCGAGCAAACCGACAGCUUUGACCAGCGCGUCCAUUUACCAAGACCAAGUCAAACACAACCCGUUCGUCAAGAUGGACAAUCCCUACAAGGAGCCGCACAAAGGGUGCAUCCUGUGCAACGUCACUGUUGACUUCAAGAACAUCCAGCUUCUCUCUCAGUUCAUCUCGCCGCACACGGGAAGGAUCUACGGCCGCCACAUCACAGGCUUGUGCGGGCGCAAACAAAGAGAAAUCUCCAAAGCCAUCAAGAAGGCGCACGCUAUGGGUUUCAUGUCGGUGACACACAAACAUCCCGACUUGAUGCGAGACCCCAACAUCUGUAGCAUCAAACAUGUGGAUUAACCCCACCUCCUUUUGUCCAUCACUGGCCAAUAAAUGUAAAUAAAGUCCAAAACUGCCAUCUUU